AUGGAAUCACCCAAACCUUCAUUUAAUGCGACCGACUGCUGUGCGUUCUGCCGUGAGCAACUCCCUCCGCACAGUCUGCAGGGUGCUGACGCCUGGCAAUCUAACUUCCGCGCCGCGCUGUGCCUAGACGCGAACGGCGACGAUAGCAUCGAGAUUACUGAAGUCGCCUGCCUCCCGGAUAUUGACGAUGACAUUGAUGUUCCUUUGACCGGACGUCUACGACCCCAGACAGUUACGAUCUCGCGCGAUCCACGAAUCAAUCAGAAAACCCGAAAUCAGCAAACCGCUUUCUGUUUCCAUGACUGGUGCUACUCGAUCUUGAUAUGGAAACUCAAUGGUUGUCCUAGAUCAGUCAUCUACAAACUAGCUCGAACGCUUACUGCUGACCCCUCAAUAUGGGAGAAUAUUUGCGAGCGACGACUGGAUCUUGACUCAGUGAGCAGGCUUCAGAUGCUAGCUAGUAGUCAGUCUCAACCGCUCUUUCUAUCUAGGUUACCUGCGGAGCUUAGGACCUACAUCUGGCGGUACAUUGGGUUAAUGACGCCAUAUAGCGCGUUCAUCCUCGUUGCAGAUGAAACGUCUCGCCUCGCUCACCAUCUACACUGCCCUUCAAGUCGCCGUCUAAUACUGGAACGAGGAUCACAUUUGUCAACCAAGAUGAUUUCGGUUUUUGGUACUGAAUAUGUCCAAGACUUCGUCAUAGAUAGAGAUUGUGAGGGCAAUCCCAAUCCUCUUGAGGAUACUACAGGGGUUAAAUAUGUCACGAGUCUUGGGGGUAUCUGUGCAAUUCAGCUGCUUGGUUAUAAUUGGGAAAGUGGUUGGAUUGGCAAGAUUCCCAGGACAGACUGUACCUGGCAUGGAUUGCUAGAAGGAAGUGUCUCGAGCUUUCGCUGGGGCUAUAACGAAGGAUCUCAACUGCGUCGUUAUAUCGCCCCCGAGGCAUUUUUCACGAAAUCAAGUGGUAUGGGAUCAGCCUGA